UAGACUGUAACAUGUCGUAACAACCAGGAAGAUCGCAAUUCGAUGAAAAUAUAUAUUUAUAUAUUUCGAAUAACAUAAAAUCAAACACUAAAAUAUUUCAAAUACCACCUUUUUUGUUGCAAAGCAGACAAUAGACGGAUAUAGACAUUAUCCAAGUUUACACAGUAUGCAUCAGGAAUUUUACCAGCGAAAAUUUAUUACAACAAAUAUACAUUAAAACAAUUAUUUGGUACCCCGUCGAAGGCCCCUGUCCCCACUACACUUUAGCCUUUAUCGGAGCCCAAAGGAGUACCGAUCCGUGAACUCGCUAGCUGUACAUACGACAACCCUCUGGUAGACUUGUUUUCGAUAGAAAGUUUUGGACACUUUCGGAUAUACAGAAAGGGCACAAGUAAUCAAGGAUGUCGGAACUACUGGGAUUCGUCCCAAGUUUUUCGAAACUUCGGGGGAAGCCGAACGAUGAUUGGAUAGACCGAAUGAGUCACGUGUAUACUGUGGUAGUCUUGGUGAUCUUCACAGUGUUGGUCAGUUCAGGCCAAUUCUUCAAAGACCCGAUACAAUGCUGGCAUCCUGCAGAGUUCAAGGACUCGAUGGAGUCGUAUACAAAGUGGAACUGUUGGGUUAAAAACACGUACUAUGUCCCAAUGAGUGACAUUAUCCCAGAAGACAUUUCGGACAGACAGGAAGCGGAAAUUACAUAUUAUCAAUGGGUACCGUUGAUACUUUUAUUCCAAGCGUUCCUCUUCAAGUUCCCCAACAUGAUAUGGAGGAUUUUUAAUGGUGGAUCUGGAUUAAAUCUGGACAAAGUUGUACGAUUUGCAGAGAAGACACAGUUGGUCAGUCCCGCUGACCGUGACGACACUAUCAACAGUCUGGCCAGGUUUAUGGACAAGUGGCUGGACUCUAAUAAAGAACACAGAUGGAAUGUCGUAGUUCGGACCAAGCACCAGAUAUCCCGGUUCAUGUGCUUCUUUUGCAACAAGCGGGCCGGGAAGUAUUUGACGGCGAUGUACUUGUUUGUCAAAGUCUUAUAUGUGGCUAACGCCAUCGGUCAGCUUUUCCUACUCAACGCCUUCAUGUCGACGUCUUUUAACUUCUAUGGAUUCGAAUUUCUGGAUAAUCUCAAUUCGGAUCGUCCAUGGAGAGAAUCCCCUCGCUUUCCGAGGGUCACUCUAUGUGAUUUCCAGAUCCGCCAGCUUCAGAACAUCCAGAGGUUCACAGUGCAGUGUGUGCUCCCAAUCAAUCUGUUCAACGAAAAGGUCUUCAUAUUUAUCUGGUUCUGGCUCAUCUUCAUCGCGGUUCUCGCUUGUAUCAAUCUCUUCCGAUGGUUGUACCUCAUCGUCUUUGCUAAGAACAAAAUCGAUUACAUAAAGAAAUAUCUUAAAAUCAACAACGAACUUCAUACCAACUUUGACAAGAAAAUGUGCACACGAUUCGCUGAGAAUUAUCUCCGUGACGACGGUGUAUUUGUACUCCGAUUGGUCGCGAAAAACUCCACGGACAUUGUAGUCACCGACCUCGUGCGUGACCUCUGGAAAAUUUUCAAAGAGAAACAGAGUACAAAGAAGAACGAAUUGGAACCGACCGAGAACAAUUUCGACGACGCAAAAGAGAAAGAACCGUUGACAUGACAAUGUCCAUGCUGCAACACUGACGACGUCAAGUGACACGUGACUAUCACGUGACAGUUUUUUUUUUUAUAAAUAGGCGGGAAAAACAGCAGACGGACCGGUGUGGCAGCAGGUAUCGGUAGUAUAGUAGGGUUUCCGGUAACUCCCCAGACCCAAUUUCUUCAAAGCUUGAUUAGAUUAUCGAUUGUAUUAAAAAUAAUCAAAAUUACGUUUUUGAAAUUUAUAUAUAAAAUCCCUAUGUUUUACGAAUUAUGUUCGUAUGCGGUUACUUCUAUUUGGGGG